UUUUUUUAUUUUGGGUCGUUUCGUUCCUUCGUUCUCUUCCCCUCCACCUGAGAUCAAUCGACUGUGCUUAUUACCCACCGCUAGGGUUCCAGCCUUCAUCGAUCAGAGUCGCAGCCAUCAAUAAUCAGCAUUAACAUAACCAUUGAUUCUUCAAUUUUAUCAUCUCAGAUAAUUUUUCUGCAUCCGAUUCCAAAAUCAAUAAUCAUUUGCGUCCUCCAAAUUCAUAGUCCGCCGCCUCCUCGUCGCCUUCCUCCUCUGCAGGCAGUAGGAUCUAUUUUUUUUUGGGAGAGAUUUUUAAAAGCUCCAACUCUGCGAGAAAGAAGUGAAACUAGGGUUUUGAUGCGUUGCACUGGUUUGGGAUCUGCAGUAGUAGCGAGAUAUGGCCAAUCAUGGCGGAGGGGUCGGGGCAAAGUUUGUAUCUGUUAAUCUAAAUAAGUCUUAUGGGCAGCCUUCUAAUCAUAAUCAUCAACAUUAUAGUGGCUCUUAUGGGCAGGCAGCUGCUGGGGCUCGGGCCAGGUUGGGAAGUGGUGGAGGGAGUGGGGGAAUGGUGGUUCUGUCACGGUCGAGGAUUUCACAGAAGGCUGCUGGGCCCAAAUUAUCUGUUCCACCCCCCUUGAAUUUGCCCUCGUUGAGGAAGGAACAUGAGAGGUUUGAUUUGUCAGGAUCAAGUAGCGGGACGGCUAGUGGUACUGGGCCUGGUAGUGGACCGAGGCCCACCUCGUCCGGCAUGGGUUGGACCAAGCCUGUGGCGGUAGCUUUGCCAGAGAAAGAUGGUGGUGAUGGUGAUCCGCAGGUUGAGCCUACUGGACAUGGUAUUGAUGGUGACAGUAGAGUCAAUAGUGCUUAUAUGCCACCUUCAGCUCGGGCUAGUGGUAUUGCAGUUGCUACUUCAAGUGCUAGUUCUUCUAGACCUUUUCCUAAGGCAGUGGACAGAGCCGUGGUUUUGAGGGGUGAGGAUUUUCCUUCUCUACAAGCUGUAUUACCUGUAUUACCUGGGCCUGGGCAGAAACCGCAGGAUAAUGUGAAUCAGAAACAGAAACUAGUUACCUCUGAGGAGUCAACUGACCUACAGCGGGACAGUUUUCUUUUAAAUUCACUUGUUGAUAUGCGUCCACAUGGCCAGGCUUCACGUCAUACAAGUGGAAAUGGCGCCAUGGAGAACGGUGGUGAGGGCCAUGGGUUGGGUAGUUCGCACCUAGCUGAUCAGCCUCGGAAAGAAGAGUACUUUCCUGGCCCCCUGCCAUUAGUCAAGUUAAAUCCAAGGUCCGAUUGGGGUGAUGAUGAGCGUGAUACAGGACAUGGUAUUACUGAACGAAGUAGAGAUUUUGGGUAUUCAAAAACUGAUAGAAACAGUGUUGUGGCAAGAACAACUGCUUUUAACAAAGAUUUUGGGAAAGAUAUCAAGUACAUGCCACCACAUGUUGGGGACCCCCUACAAGAUGGUGGUUUUUCAGCAAGUGAGGAAACUACUCAUUUAAGGAGGAAUGGAAGCCAUUUUGUGGAAGCGCGACAACAGUGGAACAACAUAAAGGAAUCAUAUAACAGCCGAGGGUCUGAAUGGAAUACACGGGAGCGCUAUGGUGCUGAACAAUCCAACAGAUAUAGGGGUGACAAUUUCCAGAAUAGCAACAUCUCUAAAUCUAUGUAUGCUUCGGGUGGAAAAAUGCCUCCUGGGACUGAUCCACUGCUGACUUCUGUAAGGGACAAACGUGUCUCUUCAAAAACUGAAAGAUCAUAUUUUGAGGAUCCUUUUAUAAGUUCUGCAGGUUUUGAUGAAAGGGAUCCCUUCUCUGGUAGUCUUGUUGGAGUUAUUAAAAGGAAAAAGGAUGUGGUCAAACAGACUUAUUUGCAUGACCCUGUUCGGGAAUCAUUCGAAGCUGAACUUGAAAGGGUUCAGAAGAUGCAGGAACUUGAGAGGCAGCGGAUUAUUGAAGAACAAGAAAGAGCUUUGGAACAGGCUCGAAGAGAAGAGGAGGAGAGACAACGGCUUAUUAGGGAAGAGGAAGAACGCGUGCGAAGGCUGGAAGAGGAAGCACAGGAAGCUGCAUGGAGGGCAGAACAGGAGCGUUUGGAGGCUAUUCGAAGAACAGAAGAGCAGAGAAUUGCCAGAGAAGAAGAGAAAAAGAGGAUUCUUGUGGAGGAGGAGAGGAGGAAGAUGGCAGCUAAACAAAAGCUACUGGAAUUGGAAGAAAGAAUGGCCAAGAGGCAGGCUGAAGCUGUGAAAUCUGAUUCUUCUGUCGCUACUACGAACUUAGAUGACAAAUUUUCAGCAAUACUGAAGGAAAAAGACAUCUCCCCUUCUACAGAUGUUGAAACAUGGGAAGAUAGUGAGAAAAUGGUGGAAAGGAUAACAGCAUCAGCUUCUUUUGACUCAACUGUUCUAAACAGGCCUUUUGACGUUAGUUCUAGGCCAUAUCCUACCAGAGAUGGAUCUUCGGGUUUUCUUGACAGAGGAAAGUCUUUGAACUCAUGGAGAAGGGAUGUGUUUGAAAAUGGCAAUACUUCUUCGUCACAGCUACUGGAAAAUGAGAUUAGUCACUUCAGUCCCAGGAGAGAUUCAUUUGCUAACUCGAGAGCGGUCCCUAGGAAAGAAUUUCAUGGAGGGGCAGGAUAUAUGUCUUCUAGUGCUCAUGUAAGAGGAGGGAAAGAAUCUUAUGCAGAUGAAUUUGGCUAUCACAAAGACCAGAGAUGGAACUUUUCAGGGGAUGCAGACUCCUUGAGCAGAAGCAUGGAGAUGGAUUCAGAUUUUCAAGAUAAUCCUGCUGAGAAGUACAGUGAUAUUGGAUGGGUUCAGAACCGUUUUCGAGGCAAUACUCCUCCUCAUCCAGAGAGGCCAUAUCCACAUUCUGAGGCAGAUGAGCUUUAUUCUUAUGGAAGGUCACGAUAUUCCAUGAGACAACCUCGUGUCCUUCCUCCUCCAAUUGCCUAUACACAGAGGAGUUCUUUCAGGAGUAUGAAUGAUCAUCCUGGACCAUCUGGAUUCCUGGAUGAUAACCACUACAGCCAUGCAGAAAGAAGUGAACCAACCAGGCAGACAGCGUAUUAUGGUAGUCAUCAAGAUGGCCUCCAGCAAUCUGAACUAGAUAUCCCGAAAGAUGAUCUCACUCUUCAAGAUCAGAAAUCGAACAAGGAUAUAACUCCUAGGUGUGAUUCACAAUCUUCUGUAUCUGUUUCGAGUCCUCCUAACUCUCCACCACAUCUCUCCCAUGAUGAGUUGGAUGAUUCCAGUGAUUCUCCCAUGGCAUCUAUUACAGUGGAAGGGAAAAAUGUUUCAGUGUCUGAGAAUGAAUCUAUUAGCUUAAAUGACAAUUCAGGGCAGCAUCUGAGGAUGACUGCUUCCAGUUCCGUUUCUGCUACUGAAGAUGAGGAAUGGACUCUUGAGAAUAACGAGGACCUGCAGCAGCAGGAAGAAUAUGAUGAGGAUGAAGAUGGUUACGAGGAAGAGGAUGAAGUGAGGGCAGGAGAUGAUGAGAAUUUGGAUUUGACCCAAGAAUUUGAAGAUUUACAUUUAGAAGAGAAAGAUUCUCAUUUGAUGGGCAACUUGGUUUUAGGCUUUGAUGAAGGUAUUGAGGUUGAGAUACCAAGUGAUGACUUUGACAGAAAUUUCAGCAAUGAGGAAAGAGGCUUUGGCAUAUCAGACUCCUCUAUCCCUAUUGCGGGAGAAGAGGGACUGGUUGAUGGUGUAAAAGGUGAUGAACCAAGCCCUGAAGAUGUAGGUAGUUUUUCGCCAGUCUCAGUUAUGGUCCAGGAAACUGAGAUUACUAUGCAAGAUUCUUUUCUUAAACCUAUUGAGGACCCAUACACCUCAAUACCAGAUACAACUGGUCUUUCUGCUCAGCAAGCUUUAUCUGUUUCAGUUGACAUGCCAUCUUCUGCUGGUCUAACAGCAGUUUCUAUUGGAUCUGCUCCAAGCCAAAUUGAUUCACCUGUUAAACUUCAGUUUGGGCUAUUUUCUGGUCCUUCUCUCAUACCAUCUCCAGUUCCUGCCAUACAGAUUGGCUCGAUACAGAUGCCUUUGCAUCUUCAUACUCCUAUAGGAGCACCUCUUGCUCAUAUGCAUCCAUCACAACCACCCAUGUUCCAGUUUGGUCAGCUCAGAUAUUCAUCUGUCUCCCAUGGAGGCCCACCCAUUGCCCCUCUAUCAAUGCCUUUUGUUCCGCCGAAUGUGCAGACUCCUUAUAGCGUGAAUCAGAAUGCAGGGGGUUCCUUGGGUAUUCAACCAGUUCAGGACACUUCUGCUCAGAACGUGGUGAAAAAUGAAGUACAAUCUCCCGCUGGGAUUAAGCAGCCUGCCUUUGUUCCUGGACGAAAAAGUGAACCUAAUGGGAAUGCAUCAUCUGAAUUAAGUUCAGGUUUGGUCAGACAAACUGUGGAUAGUGGUGCUCUUUCACAGAGUGCUAAUGCAAAGGUUUUAAGUGGUCGUGAUGACAAACUUAAACCAGAAUUGGUUGGCCUAGCUGAGAAUAGGGGGCAAAAUGAUGCUGUUAGAAAGAAUCGUAUUUCAUCAUCAAAGGGAACAAUUUCUGAAGGUCAAUCACAGCCAAUCCAACCUAUAAGUGAAUCUGUUUCCAACGAGAAAAACUUUGGUGGCAUUAAGGCUCAAGGUGCUGUGUCAGGUAGCAAGGGGCGAAGAUUCACAUAUGCAGUUAGGAAUUCCAGCAUGAGAUCAUCUCUUCCAGCUGCUGACGUUUCUAGUUCAGAUACACAUGGUUUUCAGAGGAGAUCUAGGAGGACUGUCCAACGAACUGAAUUUCGAGUUCGGGAGAAUGUUGAAAGGAGGCAACCAAAUGGCUCAUUUUCUUCUAAUAGCUUAAAUCCGGAUGAUAAACCAAAUUACAAUGGAAGAUCUAAUGCGCAGUUUGCAAGAAGUGGAUCUAAGAGAGGGACCAUGUCUAGUAAGUCGUUGAAGCAAAUAGUUCAUUCAGAGAGUUUGAUGUCAGGUAAUUUUAUUUCCCAGGAUGUUGAAUCUGGGAAACUGGUUGUUAAAGAAAGUGGAAGAGACAUGUCAUUGAGGGAUCAGAAUUUCUCUCUGUCUGGAGAGGCAAGUUUGAAAAGAAACAUUUCUGAGGAGGAUGUUGAUGCCCCCCUGCAAAGUGGGGUUGUUCGUGUUUUCAAACAACCUGGCAUAGAAGCACCUAGUGACGAAGAUGACUUCAUUGAAGUGAGGUCGAAAAGGCAAAUGCUGAAUGAUCGACGGGAACAGAGAGAAAAAGAAAUUAAGGCAAAAUUUCAGCCUCCACGUAAACCUAGAGUUACUAGGCAGACUUUUGUGACUACUGUGGGGUCAACCAACUCUAAGAAAGUUUCUGGAUCACUGGCUGGAGAAUCAUCCACAAACGUGAACUCAGGUUUUGCAUCCUCUGAAGGGCGAGUUUUGGCUUAUAAGGAAGCAUCUGCUGCCUUGGUGUCCCAGCCGCUGGCACCAAUUGGCACACCUGCAGUAAAAUCUGAGAUACAGGCUGAUAAAACAUCCCAAAACAUUAAGCAUCAUCAAACAAGCUCUGUCUCUAUUGUAUCUGUUGCUGGAAAAGACCUUGGCCCUGCUAUGAUAUUUGAGAGCAAGAAUGAGGUUGUUGAUAAUGUGCAAUCUUCUAUGAGUACUUGGGACACUGCACGAAUUAAUCAAGAGGUUAUGGCCUUGACUCAAAGUCAACUUGAGGAGGCUAUGAAGCCUCCCUGCUUUGACACCCCAAUUGCUUCUGUUGGGGGCCAAUGCAGCUCGGUCAGUGACCCCCUCUUGCCAUCGUCUUCUAUGCCGACAAAAGAAAGAUCCUUUUCAUCUGCUGCUAGUCCAAUCAACUCCCUGCUUGCUGGAGAGAAGAUUUGCUUUGGUGCUGUUACUUCCCCACCUGUCCUUCCUCCCAGUAGCCGGGCUCCUGGCUCCAGUAGACAAGAUAUUCAAAUUUCCCAGAGUCUAUCUGUAGCUGAGAAUGACUGCGCUCUGUUCUUCAAAAAAGACAAACAGACUGAUGACUCUUGUGUUCAUCUACAAGAUUCAGAGGCUGAAGCUGAAGCUGCUGCCUCUGCAGUUGCUGUUGCUGCUAUCAGCAAUGAUGAGGUUGUUGGGAAUGGAAUAGGUUCUGUUGCUAUUUCGGAUUCCAAAAGCUUUGGUGGUGCAGAUAUUGAUGGUAUGGCUCGUGAUCAACAAUUAGUGGGUCAAUCUAGGGGAGAAGAAUCUCUGAGUGUGUCUCUUCCUGCAGACCUUUCUGUCGAAACGCCUCCAAUCUCCUUGUGGCCAACUUUACCAAGUCCCCAGAGUUCUUCAAGCCAGAUGCUUUCUCAUUUUCCGGGUGGCCCUCCAUCGCCCUUUCCCUUCUACGAGAUGAAUCCUAUUUUGGGUGGUCCUAUCUUUGCUUUUGGUCCGCAUGAAGAAUCUGCUGGUGCCCAAUCACAGCCUCAAAAGAGUACAUCCACUUCGGGGCCUCUUGGGACAUGGCAGCAGUGCCAUUCCACUGUGGAUUCAUUCUAUGGACCUCCGGCUGGAUAUACUGGUCCUUUCAUUAGCCCGCCUGGAGGAAUUCCUGGAGUUCAAGGGCCUCCACACAUGGUGGUUUAUAAUCAUUUUGCUCCAGUUGGACAAUUUGGACAGGUAGGACUGAGUUUUAUGGGUCCUACUUAUAUCCCUUCAGGAAAGCAUCCUGAUUGGAAGCACAAUUCUUCAUCAUCCGCAGCUGGUAUGGCUGAGAAUGAUAUGAAUAAUGCUAAUAUCACUUCUGGACAGAGGAAUGCUGCCAACAUGGCUGGAGCUAUACAGCAUCUUGCCUCUGGUUCACCAAUUAUGCCCAUUGCCUCACCUUUGACCAUGUUCGAUUUAUCACCCUUCCAGUCAGCACCAGACAUUCCCGUCCAAGCUCGCUGGUCUCAUGUUCCUGCAUCACCUCUUCAUUCGAUUCCUCUCUCGAGGCCAUUGCAACAAGUGGAAGGUGUGCCACCACCUCAAUUUGGACACCAACAUCCAAUUGAUCAACAGCUGAAUGUUAGCUUCUCCGAGUCUCAAACUUCAACUCCCUCUACUAGUGGCCCAGGUUUUACCGUUGCAACAGAGGUAAAUACUGCACAAUUUCCUGAUGAACUAUGUUUAGUAGACUCAUCAAGAUCCGCCACUGCUGGGGCAUCUACACCAAAUCCUGUCAAUCAGAGCUCCUCCAACGGUGCUGGUGCUGGUGCUGAUACUGGCACUGCAGAGAAUCUGCGAACUGGUGGUAGCAACAAAAGUGAAGGACACACCACUAGCAGUUCCAAGGCUAGGACAUCCCAGCAGAAGAAUUUGUCGGCGCAACAGAGUCAUUCCGUGGGCUACAAUUACCAAAGAGGAGGUAGUGGCCCUAGUGGGACCUCUCAGAGAAACAGUGCAGGGAAUGAAUGGUCCCACCGGAGAAUGAAUUUCCAUGGGAGGAACCAGACUUUUGGUUCUGACAAGGGAUUUUCCUCUUCCAAAAUGAAGCAAAUCUAUGUGGCUAAACAAACUUCAAAUGGGACUCCAACCCCAGGAUGAUUUUUUUGGGUGCUCUGCUGAUUCAAUGGAGUAUUGGAAAUUGCCUCGUGAGUUUGAUGUUGUUGCUUAAAUUUUGGAUGUUUUCUUUCAAUUCUUGAGCCUUUCAGCUUGGGGAUCUCUUUUCUUCACUUGGUCAUUCAUUGAGUUGUAGAAGUCGGUGACGGCAAUUUCCAGUGUCGUGGUUCUCGAGUCCGCUUACUAUAGUGUGCAAUUAUAAUAGUGGGUUUGGCUUAGCUAGAAGCUGGGUAUGGUCCUCGUAAAAUAAUGUUGGUUCUGCAAGCCAUAAAGUCCUUUUCUGUUUGUUUGUUGGAGCUUGAGAACAUUGAUUCUUCCGUACACUAGUGGUCAUUUUUGUAGCAACUUCUCUAAUGUACCUGCUUAAUUCCAUUAUUUUGCUCCUAUUUAAACUUUUCUUUCUUGAA